AAAGAAAAGGCAAUAACAAGGCAAAUAAGUGACCACCCACAGUAGAGGAUAUUAUUGAGUUUACUGAUUUAUGCGGGUGAACUUUGCCAUUCUCUCCUCCCUCCUGUGGUGGGUUGACUUGUUGACUCUCUGGCAGCUACAAAAGGCUUCUGUCGUUAUGUCAAAGCUCAGAAAAACAGGGACGCAGAUUGUCUUCAGACGAUGGAUAUAUUAAAGGUUUUGUUCCAGUCGUCCCUCAGCUCUGUCUCACUGUUGGGGGCUCUGCUGGUGCUGCUGCUCGUCUAUUUUAUUUCAACUUGGAGCUUCAGCUCAGAUGGGAAGGGCAAAGAACCUCCAGGACCCAAACCACUUCCCCUGCUUGGAAACCUGCUGCAGCUGGACCUUAAAAAACCCUACAAUACCUUCCUGGAGCUUUCCAAGAAAUAUGGACCAGUGUUCACCGUCUACUUUGGAUCUAACAAGGUGGUGGUUCUGGCAGGAUACAAGACCGUGAAAGAGGCUCUUGUCAACAAGGCUGACGAGUUUGGGGAAAGAGACCCUCCGCAAAUCUUUAAGGAGCUAGCGGAUGGGCAUGGGGUUUUAUGGUCCAACGGAGAUUCAUGGAGAGAAAUGAGGCGCUUUGCUUUGACAAACCUGAGAGAUUUUGGAAUGGGCAGGAAGGCUUGUGAGGACAAGAUCACUGAGGAAUGUAACUACCUCAUUGAAGUGUUUAAGAAAUUUAAAGGUGAUGCUUUUGAUACGACUGUACCAUUGAACUGUGCCGUAUCUAAUAUCAUCUGCUCCAUGGUCUAUGGCAGUAGAUUUGAAUAUGAUGAUCCAGAGUUUACCUCACUUGUGGAACGAACACACAAAAACCUUGAAAUUGCAGGCUCCGCAUCAAUGCAGCUCUACAACAUCUUCCCAUGGUGCCGUAAACUGUUCAAUAACAAAGUAUUCAGAGAUGCUGCUGAUGCUAACGCUGCGCAGAACCAAAAACUGUUUAGACGUCUGAAAGAGACCCUCAACCCACAGAUGUGCAGAGGGUUCGUGGACGCCUUUCUGGUCCGAAAGCAAAAUCUGGAGGAAUCUGGAGUGACCAACAGUCACUACAGUGAUAAAAACCUUCUGACCACGGUCAUUCAUCUCUUCGGUGCUGGCACUGACACAACAUCAACAACACUAAGGUGGGGCCUCCUGCUGAUGGCCAAGUAUCCAGAGAUACAAGACCAGGUCCAGGAGGAGCUAAGCAGGGCGAUAGGAACUCGUCAGGUGCAGGUUGAAGACAGGAAGAACCUGCCCUUUGUUGACGCCGUCAUCCAUGAGGUACAGAGACUGGCCAACAUCACCCCGAUGGCACUGCCUCACAGGACGAGCCAAGACGUCACCUUCCAGGGUUUCUUCAUUGAGAAGGGAACCACAGUGUUUCCUCUGUUGAUGUCUGUCCUGUAUGAUGAUGAUGAAUGGGAGAAACCUCGCUCCUUUCAUCCCGCCCACUUCCUGGACAAAGAUGGGAGGUUUGUCAAGCGAGAUGCCUUCAUGCCUUUUUCUGCAGGUCUUAGGAUUUGUCUCGGAGAGAGUCUGGCCAGGAUGGAGCUCUUCCUCUUCUUCUCCACCCUCAUGCAGCGCUUCCGUUUCUCUCCUGCUCCUGGAGUCUCCGAGGACGAUCUGGAUCUGACUCCACACGGGGGAAUAACCCUCAACCCGUCACCACAUAAACUGUGUGCUGUCCCCCUUUGAAAAUGCUGCUGCAUUGACUCGUGAUAGGAGAACAUAAAAAAUAAAACUGACCCUGAGCUCUA